AUCUUUCAGGUUAUGUGUUGUGCAAUUCCUUUACAAACGCUUGAGGCAUUUACGUAAUUUUACAAAUAUUUGACAUAAAAAACAUUCUUUCAAACAUUUCUUUCAAAAAAAUUAAUAAGCUAAAUAUAGCAAUUUCUGUUCUAUGUAAUAUGAUAAACAUAUUUUUCUGUAAAUAUUUCCAAAGUUGUCAGCUGCUAAAACACUACAAUCCAAAAUGAUGACACUACGUUUGUUUGAUAAUCACGAUUGUUCAGCUCUAGAUGCUAUACCAAACAUGUGCACAGAUAGUGGUGAAAUAGAGAACUAUGAUUAUUUACAAGAAUGCAUCAGUAAUUUUGAAAAUAAAGAUUCUGGAGUCAGUUUAUCAGCUUCCACAAAUACUGCAGAUAUCGGUUUGCAAGGAGAUAGCUUAGAUGAUGUUAAUUUGAAUAGUAUUGAUUUUAAUUUUAUGAAAAUUGAAAACUUACUCUUACAAAAUACUCAGGAAUCUGAAAAUUGUGUGAAGAGUGAAGAGGCAAAGCAGAAAAAGUCAACAAAUGUUAGUGUUUCAAGUUCUAUUGAAAAUUUUAACACAGUAAAUUUGAGCUACAAUAGCUUUUCAAAUUUUUCAAAUGAUUCGAGCAAACAGUCAGAUGAUGUAACAACUAUCAAUAACAGUGAAUCUUAUACAUUUAACAAAAAUGUAACAACUCAAUGUACAGAAAAAAACCAAACUCAAGUAGAAAAAUAUAAUUGUUUCGUUAAACUUCAUACUAAUAAUAAAGACAUAUAUUUUAUUGAGAAUAAAGAUAACAAGUCUAUAAGUCAAAAUAUUAGAUCAGAAUUAAUACCUGAAAUAAAGAAUGAUACCUUGGAAUUAUUAGAUGGAAAUGAACAAAUUCAAAAGUGUGAGCAGUGUCAAAUGACAUUCAGAUAUAAAAGGCACUUGGAUCGUCACUUAGAAGGCCAUCAGAAAAAUAAUUGCACUCAUUGUAAUGAAAAAUUUGCUAGACGAAAGCAUCUAGAGGUUCACUUAUUUCGCGCACACGGAGAAAGAGUGAUCAGACAUCCUCAUUUGUGCGAUGUGUGUCCCAGAAAUUUUCCUAAACGAGCACUUUUAAAUCGUCAUAGAGCAAAACAUAGUUAUCAAGAUGGCAAGGUAUGUUCAGAAUGUGGAGAUAUGAUAAAUACAGAUACAAAUGAAAAAGAACAUGAAGAGAAGCAUUGUAAGAAGAAACAAUUCAAAUGCCAGCAAUGUUCCCAAACAUUCAGUAUUGAACAGACAUAUUUGUCUCAUAUUCAAAAUCAUAAUAACUAUAAGUGUCCAGACUGCGAUGUUAGUUUUGCAUCAAAGAAAAAAGCACAUGAGCACUUCAAGGCAAUUCAUAGUCCAAAGUUAAACGAGCAAGAAUCGACAAACAGUGGUUCAUAUUUUUGUGCUGAUUGCAGACACACAUUCAUCAAGAAAGAUGACUACUUUCGACACUUGGAAUCUGCAUUACAUCUUAAUAAAGUCAAUAAGAAUGUACCUAUAAGGGCUAUAUUUUCAUGUACAAUCUGUUCGAAAAAAUUAGUCACACAGAGAGCUCUGAACCAACAUAUCAGGCGCAUUCACAAGGGAGAAAAACGAUUUGCAUGUAAUAUAUAUGAGUGUGCAUUUCAGUGUGCUACAAGGACAGAUCUAGAUAGGCACAAACAACUGCACAUAGAAGAGCGAAAUGUUGUGUGCGAACAUUGUGGCAAGACGUUUACCAGCGUCAGUAUUCUCAAGGAUCACGUACUUUACGUUCACAACAAGGAGCGGCAAUUUAUCUGUGAAAAGUGUGGCAAGGCGUUUAAGAGAAAUAGUUUACUUAAGAGGCAUAAAUUGUCACAUGAACAGCAUCGACCGUUUGCUUGUAUGCAGUGUAAUACUGCAUUUAAACGCUCACACCAUCUCACUCGUCACAUGGAAACUUGCCACAAAAUUACAUUGGAAAAGAAAAAAAAGGUAGUAAAGCUCAUGAAAACAGAAGACGGUCAUCUUGUGCCAGUACCAGAGAAGCCAAAAAAAGUAGAAUGCAGUAAAACAAAAAGUGAUCAAGAGCGUGAAUUAGUUGUAAAAAACGAGGAGAAAGACUAUUCGGUUAUGAAUAUAGACGAACCAGUAGUAAAUGUUGACUCGCAAUUGCAGAUACAGCCAUUAUCAAACUCUGAGGAAAACUCUGAAUGUUCAAACAUGUUAAAACUUACGAAUUUAUCUGUCGUCGAUCCUACCCCACAAGUUCUUUCGUUAGUAGAUGUGAACACAGGACAAGUGAUUACUGUAGAGAUUACCAAUCCAGAAUUAUUAUCUACCAAUGAGCUCGCUGAUCAGUUUGGAAUAAAUUCUAAUGAAAUAUUAAACUUACCAGAUUAUCAAGAUAUAGAAUUUCAAAAUAGUCUCCUGAAUACGGAUCAAACUUAUUAUGACAAUACAAAUUAUUCAGAAGUAUCAUUAGAAAACAUCGAAGGGUCGUUUUCACUUAUGAAUAAUAACAGUAAGAUAAAAAUAGAAAAUUAUUUAACACACGAAUUUUCGCCGUUUCUUAACAUUUGAAGACUUGCAUAAGGCAGCUAUGUAAAUUUGGAAUGUGAAACAAUUAUGUUUGCUCAAAUUUGAAAUGUGCCAUUAUUUAUCUCAUUUUAUUAAGUGUAGAAAUAUU